CUCUCUUUUCAUCGUCGUUCCUUGUGAAGAGGUUAGCUGCAUAUUGUUGAAAAACGUGGCGUUAAAAACUGUCAUCUGGAGUAAGCAAAACGUGAACUUAUUGUGAAAAAAGAAUUAAAAUUGAUUAUUGAAAAUGGCAACAAGAGGCCAGGCUCGGAGAAUACCGGAAUCGGAACCCCGUAUAGAUUAUGUCCAGUGUGAUGGAUUGGUGGUUAUGAAGAUGGUGAAGCAUUGUCAUGAAGAAUCCUUAAGCAACAUGGAUGUUUCACAGGGUGCCCUUCUGGGUCUGGUGGUUCAAAAUCGCCUGGAAAUUACGAACUGCUUCCCUUUUCCAAAGAGCGACGAUCUUAUGGACGAGGAAGAAUAUCAACUUACUAUGAUGCGCAGACUUCGAAGAGUGAACGUCGACCAUUUCCACGUUGGUUGGUACCAGAGCGCCGACGUAGGAAACUUUUUGAACAUGUCUUUGCUCGAAUCCCAAUAUCACUACCAAACAUCCAUCGAGGAAUCUGUCGUCGUGAUAUACGACACUGCCAAAUCUGCCCGCGGAUUUUUAACUUUGAAAGCCUAUCGCCUAACACCCCAAGCGAUCAAAAUGUACAAAGAGGGAGAAUUCACACCUGAAGCUUUGCGCACACUGAAAGUAGGCUACGAGUCUCUUUUCAUCGAACUUCCGAUAGUCGUCAAAAACAGCAACUUGACCAACGUCAUGAUGUCCGAAUUGGAGGAGAUGAUCCCAGAGGAACUGGGAACCAAGCAUUUGGAUCUCGGAACUGCCACCGUCUUGGAAACCCAACUGCGUUGCUUGAUGGAUCGGGUCGAUGAGCUCAACCAAGAGGCGAUCAAAUUCAACAGAUAUCAAAGUUUGGUUGUUCGCCAGCAGCAAGACAAGAACAGGCUUCUGCUCAAGAGAGCUCAAGAAAAUGCUGCCAGGGCUGCUAAAGACGAACCUCCUCUUCCUGAUGACGAUAUCAAUAAGUUGAUCAGACCUUUGCCGGUUCCGGCAAGAUUAAACCCCAUGAUCGUUGCUGGACAGAUCAAUACUUAUAGCCAACAUAUAUCUCAGUUCUGCGCACAGAGUUUAGCCAAGCUUUAUAUUACUCAGAGUCUCCAAAGUGCUAAGGAAUCUAAAUCAUCAAAUUGAGAGGCUGAUUUACCACUGUAUUCUGGUGGACGACACUUUUUGUAGAAAAAAAAACAUACAUAAGAUACAUUUAUGAGUAUUAAAACAACCAUCUCUAUGGGAAAUAAAAUUCGUAUUAUGAAA